AUGCGGUCCCUGAAUAUCACACCGGAGCAGUUCACUCAGCUCCUGCGGGACAACAAUGUGACUCGGGAGCAGUUCAUCACCCUCUACGGGCUGCAGCCACUGGUGUAUAUCCCGGAGCUGCCGGGGCGCACCAAGGUGGCUUUCGUCCUCAUCUGCGUGCUCAUCUUCGCCCUGGCGCUCUUCGGCAACUGCUUGGUACUCUACGUGGUGACUCGCAGCAAAGCCAUGAGGACCGUCACCAACAUCUUCAUCUGCUCCCUGGCACUCAGCGACCUCCUUAUCGCCUUCUUCUGCGUCCCUUUCACCAUGUUGCAGAACAUCUCCUCAAAUUGGCUCGGCGGUGCCUUCGCUUGCAAGAUGGUACCAUUUGUUCAGUCCACUGCUAUUGUAACGGAGAUUCUUACAAUGACCUGCAUUGCUGUGGAAAGACACCAAGGAAUUGUGCAUCCACUAAAAAUGAAGUGGCAGUAUACCAAUAAAAGAGCUUUCACGAUGCUUGGCGUAGUCUGGCUGCUGGCACUUACUGUUGGUUCACCUAUGUGGCACGUGCAACGGCUUGAGGUUAAAUAUGACUUCCUAUAUGAAAAAGUGUAUGUUUGUUGCUUGGAAGAAUGGACCAGUCCAAUUUAUCAGAAGAUCUAUACAACCUUUAUUCUUGUUAUACUCUUCCUUCUUCCACUGAUGUUGAUGCUUUUUUUAUACACUAAAAUUGGCUAUGAACUCUGGAUUAAGAAACGAGUGGGAGAUGCUUCAGUUCUUCAAACCAUUCAUGGGAGUGAAAUGUCUAAAAUAUCAAGGAAGAAGAAGCGAGCAAUUAUUAUGAUGGUGACAGUGGUGUUUCUCUUUGCAGUCUGUUGGGCCCCUUUCCACGUGGUUCACAUGAUGAUAGAAUACAGUAAUUUUGAAAAGGAGUAUGAUGAUGUGACAGUCAAAAUGAUCUUUGCAAUCGUCCAGAUCAUAGGAUUCUUCAAUUCUAUUUGCAACCCUAUUGUGUAUGCUUUCAUGAAUGAAAACUUCAAGAAAAAUUUUUUGUCUGCCAUCUGCUUCUGCAUUGUCAAAGAAAAUGCAUCACCAAGCAGGCAGCUUGGGAGCUCGGGGAUAACUAUGAGGCGGCAAAAGGCACGUGUUUCUCAGGGAGAUCCCAUUGACUCAGAUGAAGGCAGGAGGGAAGCGUUCAGUGAUGGCAACAUUGAAGUCAAGUUCUGUGAUCAGCCAGCUUCAAAAAGGAAUUUCAAAAGACACCUUGCCUUACUCAGCUCAGAGCUUACUGUGCACUCUGCAUUAGGAAAUGGACAGUAG